GCUGAACAGGCUUCUAUGGACUGGACGAGUCGGACUUGGACAAAGUGUUCCGCCUGCCUACCACCACCUUCAUCGGGGGCACUGAGACUGCCUUGCCCCUGAGGGAGAUAAUCCGCCGCCUGGAGGUAUUCAAACUAAACCACACGCACGCACACACCUGUCUGUCUCUCAAAGAAGUUGGGUUCCUGGCAAUCGUUUCUCUUGAACGAGUGAAACGUGUACAAUACAGGCUCAUUAGCAUGGUCAAGUGACAAGACACGCUGUCCCAUUUUUCAGAUGGCCUACUGCCAGCACAUCGGGGUGGAGUUCAUGUUCAUCAAUGACCUGGACCAGUGCCAGUGGAUCCGGGAGAAGUUUGAGAAGCCCGGCGUCAUGCAGUUCACCCUGGAGGAGAAGAGGACCCUGCUGGCCCGCAUGGUUCGCUCCACCAGGUUAGAGCCACGCCCAAAAACGUUUCACCCCCUACUUACCCCUCAAACAUCAUCAAUUAAUCAAAUGCAUUUAUAAAGCCCUUUUCACGUCAGCAGUUGUCACAAAUUGCUUUUACAGUCCACCUUGUCAUAGUACUUGUCCAGAUUUCAGUCAUUACAGGGCUCCAGACUAUAGUGGGGUCGAUUCCUGGGACACCCAUACUUAAAAAAUGUAUGCACAUGACUGUAAGUCGCUUUGGAUAAAUGCUUCUGCUAAAUGGCGUGUGUGUGUGUGUGUGUGUGUGUGUGUACACUACCGUUCAAAAGUUUGGGGUCACUUAGAAAUGUCCUUGUUUUCGAAAGAAAAGCAAUUUUUUUUGUCUAUUUAAAAUAACAUCAGUGAUCAGAAAUACAGUGUAGACAUUAUUAAUAUUGUAAAUGGCUAUUGUAGCUAGAAAUGGCUGAUUAAAAAAAAAAAAAAUGGAAUAUCUACAUAGGUGUACAGAGGCCCAUUAUCAGCAACCAUCAGUCCUGUGUUCCAAUGGCACGUUGUGUUUGCUAAUCCAAGUUGAUCAUUUUAAAAGGCUAAUUGAUCAUUAGAAAACCCUUUUGCAAUUAUGUUAGCACAGCUGAAAACUGUUGUGCUGAUUAAAGAAGCAAUACAUCUGGGCUUCUUGAGACUAGUUGAGUAUCUGGAGCAUCAGCAAUUGUGGGUUCGAUUACAGGCUCAAAAUGGCCAGAAACAAAUAACUUUCUUCUGAAACUCGUCAGUCUAUUCUUGUUCUGAGAAAUUAAGGCUAUUCCAUGCGAGAAAUUGCCAAGAAACUGAAGAUCUCGUACAACGCUGUGUACUACUCCCUUCACAGAACAGCGCAAACUGGCUCUAACCAGAAUAGAAAGAGGAGUGGGAGGCCCCGGUGCACAACUGAGCAAGAGGACAAAUAAUCAGUGUCUAGUUUGAGAAACAGACGCCUCACAGGUCCUCAACUGGCAGCUUCAUUAAAUAAUACCUGCAAAACACCAGUCUCAACGUGAACAGUGAAGAGGCGACUCCGGGAUGCUGACCUUCUAGGCAGAGUUGCAAAGAAUAAGUCCAGUGUCUGUGUUCUGUUGCCCAUCUUAAUCUUUUCUUUUUAUUGGCCAGUCUGAGAUAUGGAAUUUCUUUGCAAUUCUGCCUAGAAGGUCAGCAUCCCGGAGUCGCCUCUUCACUGUUGACGUUGAGACUGGUGUUAUGCGGGUACUAUUUAAUGAAGCUGCCAGUUGAGGACCUGUGAGGCGCUUGUUUUAUAAGCCAUGAAAUGUCCUCUCCCUAUCCACUCGCGCUACAAAGUGUAUCGAUAGACGUUUUUAUUAGUGUCUUGUGUCUUUCUAAUAUCGAGGAGUAUUUCACGUUCUUUGGUCAUACGAGUAAGGGUACAACAUUAAUUGGUGCAUGAGUCAGAAAUAAUGAAGUGUGACUCGAGUUUUGCCAUCAGCUGGAAGACUGUGUUCCCUUUUUGGUCAGUGAGCAGAGGAAGGAAGAGCUGAAGGACUGUGAAAGGCAGCCUCUGCUUCUCACUCGCUCUCUCUCUCAUGCUCUUUCUCUCUCUCUCUCUCAUGCUCUUUCUCUCUCCUAAUGCUGACCAUCAGAUGCAGGCACCAUCAGUCCAGUAAAAUAAAAUAAAAACGCAAAUGAUUGCAAUUUAUGCCUCACAAGUAAUACAACAAAUGAUCUAUUAACAUGUGAAGCUUGCUAAGACUAACGUUUGGCAGAGCUAAAUAUACACAAACCAAUAGUAUAAUACAGAAAACGUGGUUUAUAUGAAGAACCAAAGUUGAAAGCAGCUUCGUUCUUGUUUCUUGACUGCAUGCAUUCUUGACUAACUGUGCCUGCUUGAGUGACAGUGGGCGGGGCUUGGUGUAUGUGUGUGGGGAAAGCUGUGAGGAGAGAGACGUCAAACGGAAUAAACUAUAAAAACGGACUGAGUAGCACACGUCAAUAUUUCAAUUUCGAUUACAAUUUGAUUCAAUGUGCAGCCCUAGCGAAAUGCACAUCGGCCAUUGCGAGUGCAGGCCUAAUUUUUUUAGGACAUUUACUGUUAGAUUAAUAAAUGGCUACCAGCAGUUGGUAUUAUGUUUAGAGUUAGCAAUCUAGCUAAUGUGUUUUGAUUUUACUUACUCAGGAGGUGAAUUAGCCCCAAAUAAAUUAGCUAUAUAUUAUAAUGAUAAUAAUGCAAAUAAAGAUGUAGGCAAAUUAAUCUCUAUUAAACAACACAUUUAAGAACAAUAGCCUAAUUGUCAAUCCAAAAUAUAUGACAGUCACUGGAUUAGGUAGCUCAUAAAAAUAUCAUUGGUCAUGUAUUCCUGCCUGGAUAUGUAUGAAACAACGUAUUUCUUGAAUACCAUCUUAGUCUAUUACACCCCUAAUAAAGCACUGUGAAUUACUUUAUAAGAUGAUUACACAUUAUUCUAUUGCUUCAUGCCACAGUUUUAUUUUUGGUGUGACCAAAUCAUGGGGUGGUGCCACCAACUGAAAAAGUCAGUGGCACUAGUGCCACCAGGGGAUUUUUUUUGUCAGGAGCACUGCAUUGGACCAAUGCUGCAAACUAAUAUCAUAGGAGAUUUCUGGAGUCCUUCUCUCCAAAGGGAUAUGGCCGUGUGCUGACGACGUGCGCUGUGUACCGCAGGUUCGAGGAGUUCCUCCAGAGGAAGUGGUCGUCAGAGAAGCGCUUCGGCCUGGAGGGCUGCGAGUCUCUGAUCCCAGCCCUCAAGACCAUCAUUGACAAGUCCAGCGAGAAGGGUGUGGAGAACGUCGUCAUGGGCAUGCCACACAGGUGGGGUAAUAACAAAAUGGAAAACAAGGGGAGGGGAUGCUUGAGUUUCUGCAAUGUGGUUUCACUGUCAGCCUUAUCUCCUCUGACACAUGCUCCCCAUCUCCUAGGGGUCGUCUGAACGUGCUGGCCAACGUCAUCCGCAAGGAGCUGGAGCAGAUCUUCUGCCAGUUUGACUCCAAGCUGGAGGCUGCCGAUGAGGCGAGUCCCAUCUAGCCCACCCACUGCAAUUCUUGACUGUACUAAAUGGAACACAACUACUGAAUGGUCUGAAUGUGUGGCUCUAUUGUAGAUGUCUAGCUGUGUUCUGCUGCCAGUGUGUUUGACUCUGUUGUUGUUGCAGGGCUCUGGUGAUGUCAAGUACCACCUGGGGAUGUACCACAGGAGGAUCAACCGUGUGACGGACCGCAACAUCACCCUGUCCCUCAUGGCCAACCCCUCCCACCUGGAGGCUGUGGACCCGGUGGUGCAGGGAAAGACUAAGGCUGAGCAGUUCUACUGCGGAGACACCGAGGGACACAAGGUACGGACUGACUGACCGACACCGCUGGUUUUGAACACGGUUUGAAUACCAGCGUAUUUCUUUUCUCAACGUGACAAGGGAGUACUUGUAGAGAUCAUAGUCAUUUUUUGUACUGUAGAAAUGCACCCUUUCGGUUCGAUCCCAGGUUUCGGCACCGACAAAAAGACAUGCAUGUUUUUUCUGCCCUUCACAUACACACUGAUCUGUACCGGAUGAGUGAAACUAUGGUUUCCACCAAUCCGACUUUAUCUGAUGCGUUAUUACCUCAAGGAAGAAUGUAUUGUAAAUGGUCUGCAUUUGAUGUUGGAUUGUUUGUGUGCCAGGUGAUGUCCAUCCUGAUGCACGGUGACGCUGCCUUCGCCGGCCAGGGCGUCGUGUACGAGACCUUCCACCUCAGCGACCUGCCCUCCUACUCCACCCACGGCACGGUGCACGUGGUCGUCAACAACCAGGUGUGCGCGCACACACGCCAAGCUUAACCACCGACCACACCUGGUCUGGAGAAGAUACAAAUAGACUUUGUUCCACGUCGGUUUCAGCCAUGCUAGGAAACCAGUGGUUGUGUUGGAUGGCUGUCGUGCUAACCCUCUCACCCCCUACCUUCCCCCAGAUUGGCUUCACCACUGACCCCCGUAUGGCGCGCUCCUCUCCGUACCCCACUGACGUGGCCCGGGUGGUCAACGCUCCCAUUUUCCACGUGAACGCUGAUGACCCUGAGGCUGUGGUGUACGUGUGCAACGUGGCCGCCGAGUGGAGAGCCACCUUCCACAAGGACGUGGUGGUGGACCUGGUGAGUAGAGUUCCCUAGGUACAGAUCUAUGAUCAGUUUCCCUUCCCCCAAUCCUAACCUUAACCAUUAGUGGGGAAAAUGCAUAACUGACCCAAGAUCAGCGUCUAGGGGCAACUUCACCGUACUCCAAAGUUCCCCACUGGUUCAUUUCAACCCACUGUCUGCUUAAGUAGCGGUUAGGAGGAAAUAUAUAGGGGAAAAAGGCUUCUUACUCACAUACGCAAUAGUACCAGUUAGUUUAGCUCCGCCUUAUGACGUCCACAGCAGCCAACAUCAAUACCAGUGUGUUUGUGUGUGCAGACCUGCCAACCUGCACAAAUUUUGUGUACCAUGCACAUACUUUGAGGUAGAAGUAUGUCAGAAAAUCCUAGUGAGAGCCCUGAUUGUACAUUUAAACAAAUGUUUUAGUUAACUACUGAAGAGCAGCUAAUUAUCAAGAAUCCUACUGAGGCAGUCUUCUGCCAACAUCAUUAAAUCAAAUCAAAUCAAAUUUUAUUGGUCACAUGCGCCGAAUACAACAGGUGCAGACAUUACAGUGAAAUGCUUACUUACAGCCCUUAACCAACAGUGCAUUUAUUUUAAACAAAAAAGUAAGAAUAAAACAACAACAAAAAAAGUGUUGAGAAAAAAAGAGCAGAAGUAAAAUAAAGUGACAGUAGGGAGGCUAUAUAUACAGGGGGGUACCGUUGCAGAGUCAAUGUGCGGGGGCACCGGCUAGUUGAGGUAGUUGAGGUAAUAUGUACAUGUGGGUAGAGUUAAAGUGACUAUGCAUAAAUACUUAACAGAGUAGCAGCAGCGUAAAAAGGAUGGGGUGGGGGGGCAGUGCAAAUAGUCCGUGUAGCCAUGAUUAGCUGUUCAGGAGUCUUAUGGCUUGGGGGUAGAAGCUGUUGAGAAGUCUUUUGGACCUAGACUUGGCACUCCGGUACCGCUUGCCGUGCGGUAGCAGAGAGAACAGUCUAUGACUAGGGUGGCUGGAGUCUUUGACAAUUUUGAGGGCCUUCCUCUGACACCGCCUGGUAUAGAGGUCCUGGAUGGCAGGAAGCUUUGCCCCAGUGAUGUACUGGGCCGUACGCACUACCCUCUGUAGUGCCUUGCGGUCAGAGGCCAAGCAGUUGCCAUACCAGGCGGUGAUGCAACCAGUCAGGAUGCUCUCGAUGGUGCAGCUGUAGAAUUUUUUGAGGAUCUGAGGACCCAUGCCAAAUCUUUUUAGUCUCCUGAGGGGGAAUAGGCUUUGUCGUGCCCUCUUCACGACUGUCUUGGUGUGUUUGGACCAUGAUAGUUCGUUGGUGAUGUGGACACCAAGGAACUUGAAGCUCUCAACCUGUUCCACUACAGCCCCGUCGAUGAGAAUGGGGGCCUGCUCAGUCCUCUUUUUUUUCCUGUAGUCCACAAUCAUCUCCUUUGUCUUGGUCACGUUGAGGGAGAGGUUGUUGUCCUGGCACCACACGGCCAGAUCUCUGACCUCCUCCCUAUAGGCUGUCUCAUCGUUGUCGGUGAUCAGGCCUACCACUGUUGUGUCGUCGGCAAACUUAAUGAUGGUGUUGGAGUCGUGCCUGGCCAUGCAGUCAUGGGUGAACAGAGAGUACAGGAGGGGACUGAGCACGCACCCCUGAGGGGCCCCCGUGUUGAGGAUCAGUGUGGCAGAUGUGUUGUUACCUACCCUUACCACCUGGGGGCGGCCCGUCAGGAAGUCCAGGAUCCAGUUGCAGAGGAAGGUGUUUAGUCCCAGGAUCCUUAGCUUAGUGAUGAGCUUAGAGGGCACUAUGGUGUUGAAUGCUGAGCUGUAGUCAAUGAAUAGCAUUCUCACGUAGGUGUUCCUCUUGUCCAGGUGGGAAAGGGCAGUGUGGAGUGCGAUAGAGAUUGCAUUAUCUGUGGAUCUGUUGGGGCGGUAUGCAAAUUGGAGUGGGUCUAGGGUUUCUGGGAUUAUGCUGUUGAUGUGAGCCAUGACCAGUCUUUCAUUAUUAGGCAAAACAAUGUGCAUUUGCCUAUGAUUUGGGCAGUGUGGGUGUCGCGCACGCCGUCGUGGGGGCGGGGGGGUGCCGCCGCGCUGAUGUGGUAUUCUUCAAGGUUGGCAGGUCUGUGUGUGUGUGUUUAUUAAGCAGCAACUAUGUUUGUGUGUCGGCAGGUGUGCUACCGGCGGUUGGGACACAAUGAGAUGGACGAGCCCAUGUUCACCCAGCCCCUGAUGUACAAGCAGAUCAAGAAGCAGAAGGGAGUGAUGCAGAAGUAUGGCGAGAAACUCAUCGCAGAGGGGGCCGUCACGAGACAGGAGUACGAGGUCAGGGCUCAACCACUUCGACCAUAUCUCACACACACACACACUCUCCAUAGAGUAGAGCCGAGGAGUCAUCCUCUCCACUUCUGCCCUCCAUUUCUCUCUCUCUCUCUCUCUCUCUCUCUCUCUCUCUCUCUCUCUCUCUCUCUCUCUAGGAGGAGAUUGCCAAGUAUGAUAAGAUCUGUGAGGAGGCACAUGUUCGCUCCAAGGAUGAGAAGAUCCUCCACAUCAAGCACUGGCUGGACUCUCCCUGGCCUGGUGAGUGGGUUAACAGCUCACAGACACACAUACACAAUGCUGUGUGUGUGUUGUGAAUAAUGGACCUGUGUGUGUGUAGGUUUUUUCAAUCUGGAUGGCCAGCCCAAGAGCCUGACCUGCCCGUCCACUGGCCUGACUGAGGAGGAGCUGACCCACAUCGGACAGGUGGCCUCCUCAGUGCCAGUCGAAGACUUCACCAUCCAUGGAGGUGGGGAACCCUACUCUAAACCAUAGAAUUAAAUAGAACAUAAUAAUAACAUUAUAUAAUGUAUCUCUAUGCCUUUUACAUUUAAAUCCUCUGAGGGAGGGAGAGUCAAAAGUGCUUAAGUGCUAAACACACAUUUGACGGCGCCUUUUGUUUUCUGUACACACACAGCAUGAUUUACACCAGUGACGAGUGUCUGGUUUGCGCUCCUCCGCAGGUCUGAGCCGUGUCCUGAAGGCCCGAGGGGAGAUGAUCAAGAACCGCACGGUGGACUGGGCCCUGGGAGAAUACAUGGCCUUUGGCUCUCUGCUCAAAGAGGGCAUCCACGUUCGCCUCAGCGGCCAGGACGUGGAGAGAGGCACCUUCAGGUGACGAGAGGGAGAGGGAGGGGAGCAUGUAAUCUUGUGUGUCUCCCAAAUGACACCCCAAAUUAUGGUCUCUGGUCAAAAGUAGUGCACUAUAUAGAGAAUAGGCUGCCAUUUGGGACGCAGAUUUUGUCCCUCAUUGUCCCUGCUGUGUGUUUCCCUCCCUGCCAGUCACCGACACCAUGUGCUGCACGACCAGAACGUGGACAAGAGAGUCUGCAUCCCCAUGAACCACGUGGCCCCCAACCAGGCCCCCUACACCGUCUGCAACAGCUCCCUGUCUGAGUACGGCGUGCUGGGUCAGUCUCUCUCUCUCUCCCUCACACACACACACACACUCACUCACUCACUCACAUUUACUGUGGAAACAUAUACUAUGGAAACAGAAUCUGAGAAACUGGGAAAUAUCACAGGAACUCUCAUUCAAAUAAUCUCUUACUAGUAUCUCCACCCGCUUACUGGGUACUCACACUUGGAGAGAUAAUCGGGGACCUAGCAACCAGUCAUUUUGAAUGAAAGGAGACACACAGCGACUUAACUGUCCGCGAUGAGAGUGCUAGCGACCAACAUUCAACAUUUCAAAUUUCAGUGACUCGACAGCGAAUUGGGAGGGGGCAGCUCUUGCUAGCUUUGACAUUGGCUAGAACAACAACAACUGACAUAAUGCAUGCCAUUUGAACGAUACACCAACCCGGAGAGAUUUUAACGGCUUGAUCGCUGACUAUCUCGGCAAGUGAGUCUUGAGUUAGGAACCUCUCUCACUCACACUCUCUCUCGCGUUCUUUCCCUCUGUCUCUGUUGUCAGGUUUCGAGCUGGGCUUUGCCAUGGCCAGUCCCAAUGCCCUGGUCCUGUGGGAGGCCCAGUUCGGAGACUUCCACAACACAGCCCAGUGCAUCAUCGACCAGUUCAUCUGCCCCGGCCAGGCCAAGUGGGUCCGGCAGAAUGGCAUAGUUCUGCUGCUGCCACACGGCAUGGAGGGCAUGGUGAGUACCCCAGAGCUCCAGUUGGAGGGAGGAGAUGGCGUUUCAAACAAUUGUUCAUAAUAAUUCAUUUAUACUACAUGCUUUUGGGUAAAGUACAUCUACUUGAAAAUAGUUGAUGAAAACAUUGUUAAUAUGAUGGUUAUUUUAUUCACUGUCUUCAUCCAUUAUCAUCCGUUUACUGUGCCAGCCCUAGUGACCUCACUGCGCUCCUCUCCUCUCCUCCACUCCACAGGGCCCAGAACAUUCCUCUGCUCGUCCAGAGAGAUUCCUCCAGAUGUGUAACGAUGAUCCUGACGUGCUCCCGGUAGGUCAACCCUUCACUCUUAAUCAUUCUGCACUGCCUCUUGUAUCCAAAAGGCCGCUCACGUUAAUGUAUUCUAGUUCAUGCCUGACAAUGACGUAGCUAGACAUUUUCUUCCAAAUAGAUUUCCACUCUAUCUCUUGGGCGGUGGUAUCCAAACUUUUUCAGCGGGGUCCUAAUUUUUGCCCCAAUAAUGUCUUGCGACCCCACCCCAAAUCUAAUGACACAACCUUCAAAUCUAUACAUUUCUAUUUUUACAUCAACAAAUAACCUUCAAUUUAUUGCAUUUUCAUCACUUAUCAACAUGAAAAGAAACCAAUAAAUACGUUUACUCAAUAAAAUUGUAUUUUUCUGAUUAACUUUCUUAAAAAACGUUGUAUAUUUUCCAAUAGAAUAAUCUGUAUUUUUUGUUCCUAUUAUUAUUAUUAUUAUUAUUAUUAUUAUUAUUUAAAAAUGUCGGGUCGCGACCCCGACUUUGUAUACCUGUCGUGACGUGACUUACUUUAAUGUAUGACUGUUGUUUUUUCGAAUCACCUAACUAUGUUUAAUUGUCACUCGAUUAAAUUAAUCAUGUAACAAUUACCUCAUUGGGAAUUUGGGGCACCACGCAAGAGGUUGUUUAACCAGUUACCAUCUCCCAAAUUAAACUCUUAGAAGAUAUAUGUUAUAAUCGAUAACAGUCACUUAUUAAAUAAUUACCUCUUAUCAGUCUCAUUCUGAACGUCGCAUAAUCCUUGAACCUGCAAGAACCAUAACCUUAUUGAUGAAUCAGCAAUACACAAAUUGGCUGAAUUAUUUAUUUACUAACUAAAUAAUAACACAAUACAAACACACAUAGGUUAUUGAUUACUAAUGUAAUACUAUGAAAACAAGUCCCUAGUGGCCUGGACUAACAAUCGCAUGAAUGCUUGGGUAGAAGGAGGGUCAGAGUGGAAGGGGAGAGACAGAGAUUCAAACUAUCGUGGUUACUUUGGAGACUAUACUCACAGUAAUCAUAAUACUUAUGCACCCUAAUAACGCUAAUUCGGAUUAGAAAUGCAACGUAUUUACGUGUAGCUGUCCUCGAUAGUUGAGUUGAUGAUGUAGGACUCUGGUUUGCCCACCAGAGAUCCCAAUGUCCUUGGUAGAGUUUCUGGUCGUAGUGCUGGUUAGAAUAGAUACUUCAGAUGUACCAGCAGUUGUCUGAUAGGGAUUGUCCUUCCCACUUCGUGUCUUUUUGUGAAAGUUCUCUAGACGACUAUACAUGCCAGCUGCAGACUGAAAUUAUAAGGUCUAGUGAAUUGUCGUAGAGGUUGAGAGUUUCAGAGUUUCUCAAUUUCAAACGUGUGGACUAACGUCUCACGUUUUCUGGUCUUUCUGGUCUUGUAGAAAUUCAACCAUUUUACAACGUUUAGCUCACGCUUCACAUCUGCUGGUCUGUAGAGUUUCAACCAUUUUAAGCUGUGGGUCUUGCUGGUCUGGGUAGAAAUUCAACCGUUUGCAACGUUUGGCUCACGCUUCACAUCUGCUGGUCUUCCUUUGGUAACGGAGUUGUAGUUUUAAACCAUUUUGUACGUUUAGCUCACGGUCUGUAGAAGUUUCAAACAUUUGCACGUCAAUGCAUUUUAUUCCUGGGACGGCUGCAGUGCUUUGCGGAAGUUCCGUAGGAACAAGAGGAAGUUAAUCUCCAGCUCCAGUAUCGCAUGGACUCCAAGGGGGAGUGAAGUUGCUCAUUCACAGCGAGACCGCUGGCUUGAAAUCAUGAAAGGACUGGUCAAUUCAAGGUUUUGCUGAGUGAAUGUGACGGAUAUCGUAUAUCUCCUUGGGUCAGAUGCAAUCGAGGUUGUGAUUGAAUGUGACGCAGAUCUCGUAAUAUCCUCUUGGGUUCAGAUCCGGGCAUGGGUUCACUUUCGAGGCUGGUAACACAGCACAGGGUGAACAAGCGAUACGUCUUGGAAGUGUAGUUUCAGCAUGAGUCGCAUUGUGAGAGGCGAGGUAGUCUGGGUGAAACCUCGAAGUGAAGUAUCGCAUCGUUCCGUUUUCAACAAACGUUUAGCUGGGUUCAAAGCCCUUUUGAGAUCAUUGAACAACGUUUGAGAGAUGAGCGAUAUUGUUGAUCCAGAAUCAAUCAGCGCAUGACAGGUUAAGCAGUCCUCCAGGACUGUUUCCAGGUAUGGGCUGUUUGAGUCACGUUUUGUGGUCAUAUUCCCCACAAAGUGGAGUGGUCGUUCGUAACGACAUGUCUCAUUUCUGUUCAUGGUGAAAACAGAUUGACUUAUCGGGUUUCGAGUGGAAUUGGCUCUUGCAAUGUGUUUGACCUUUUUCUUCGCAACAUUUGUAUCAGAGACUAGACAAAGCUUGUGGGCUUGUGUCUUGAUCGAGCGAGCCCUGGAUAGGGUAUUGAGUGAGAGCGGGAGUAAUUUGAUUGUUAACGUCCUUGCUAAGGGUGUUAAUUCUGAAGGACUUGUUGUCCGGCAAUUCCACGUCUAGUCAUAGUGACUUGUCUUUUUCCUGUUUAUCAAAUUCUUUCCGGUUCUUUAUUUCUCUUAGCAGAGCUAAGAGCUUCUGUCAUCAUUGAACCCAUGUGGAACACCCCUUCAAAUUAGUGGAUUCGGUUAUUUCAGCCACACCCGUUGCUGACAGGUGUAUAAAAUUGAGCACACAGCCAUGCAAUCUCCAUAGACAAACAUUGGCAGUAGAAUGGCCUUACUGAAGAGCUCAGUGACUUGCAUAGGAUGCCACCUUUCCAACAAGUCAUUUUGUCAAAUUUCCGCCCUGCUAGAGCUGUAAGUGAUGUUAUUGUGAAGUGGAAACGUCUAGGAGCAACAACAGCUCAGCCGCAAAGUGGUAGGUCACACAAGCUCACAGAACGGGACCGCCGAGUGCUGAAGCGCAUAGCGCAUAAAAAUCAUCUGUUAUUGGUUGCAACACUCACGAGCCAGGCCUAAUCGGCCAACAUCAGUGCCUGACCUCACUAAUGUUCUUGUGGCUGAAUGGAAGCAAGUCCCCGCAGCAAUAUUCCAACAUCUAGUGAAAAGCCUUCCCAGAAGAGUGGAGGCUGUUAUAGCAGCAAAGGAGGGACCAACUUCAUAUUAAUGCCCAUGAUUUUGGAAUGAGAUGUUCGACGGGCAGGUGUCCACAUACCUUUGGUCAUGUAGUGUAGGUUGUCAGUUUUGCUAGGGUAUUGUGGAUGGGGGUGGUGGAUGGGCGUAAGCCUCUGCCUCUGAUUCCAAAGGUUGCAAAUUCUAAUUCAGCAAUAGAAAGUUGUUUUUGAGAUUUUUGUUUUAAGCCUAUCCCAAACCUUAACCCUUACCUUAACCAUUUGGAGUUAAUGCCUAAACUUAUCCCUAACCUUAAAAAUGUGGAGUUAAUGCCUAAACUUAACCUUAAACACUUUGAAAUUUGACGUUUGCAACAACUUCGAAAUUGGACAUUUGAAAAACAUGAAUGAGACUGUGAGCGCUAGUUGCUAUGGGCUCUCCAACCGUGAUCCAGGGGUCUUGGGCCUAUAGGCUACGUUUGGAGUUAUUUGUCCACUUUAGUUGUGAUACAAACCUUAUCAACACAUAUAGGCCUAUGGGCUAGGCUACAUGAUGCAUACGACUAUGAUUUGAAAAAGUCUUAGACUGCACACACUGGGCAACAUUCACAUGUUAUAAUAUUCUCACCAUUAAGAUUAUUCUCAAUUUAAUCUUGUCUUUACAUAUACAAAAUAAUAUAUGUGUGAAAUUAGUUUUUAUUUAGAAUGGGCCAUUACUAUGCACCUGUCGGAACAGGGACAGGGUAAAAACAGACGUCAUCCGUAUGCACUUGAAUAGCAAUUGAAGAAAGCUUUUUCCGCAGUUCAUGCCAGCCAGGUGGGCUACGCCGCUUGAAAAGCGAAGCAAUGUGCUUACUAUAUAGAAAGUUAAGAAAUAAAUAUAGUAGGCCUAGCUGAUGGGAUCCUCUUUUGAAUAGAGACCAACAAAACUCUGUUUUCUCAUGCAAUUGCAUAGCAUAGCCUGUAAAAAUGUUGCGCAACAGGAACACUUAUUUAAUUCCAUGCAUGAACCAGUUAUGAGGAGCUGGCUCUCGCUGCGCAACAGGUGAUCCUAUUCCACUCAAACUCUGAAUGCAUGAAGUGUUUGAUUAGAUUUUUGAUUUGCGUCAGAGUGAUUAGAGGGGCAAUAGAGUGCUGAGUACCGGCCAUUAGCGACUGGCCGUUAGCAAGUUUGGUAGGCUACUAACGACCAUCAGUGGCAUCAAAGUGCAGUUUUGGAGAAGCCUAGUUACUGUGACUCAGCGGUCACGUGGAUUUUGACCCAUGACUGCCAGUGUGGCGGUAAUACGGUCACCAUAAUAGCCCUAGUCUUUACCCUUUCCUCUCACCCUCCUCCUCCCCACCAGAGCAUCACAGAAGACUUUGCAAUUCGCCAGCUCCACGACUGCAACUGGAUCGUGGUCAACUGUUCCAACCCUGGCAACUUCUUCCAUGUGCUGAGGAGGCAGAUUCUGGCACCCUUCAGGAAGCCUGUGAGCCCCCGUCAACAACAACAACAUGUUUACCCUGAAGCUGCUUACUGGAGCUCAUUGUCCUCUGAUCUGUCCUCUUUUCUAGCUCAUCGUUUUCACCCCCAAAUCCCUGCUGCGCCACCCCGAGGCGAGGUCCAACUUUGACGAGAUGCUGCCAGGUAAGACUGUGUGUGAGGGUGUGUGGCUGGGUGUUUGUGUGUGUGUGUGUGGGCGUGUGUAUAUCUGUGAAGGACAGUGCUGGUGUAUAUAUGCCCACUGGAUGUCUGGCAGUCAGUGAGUGUUGCCGUGUUUCCCUGCUGUGCUCCAGGCACAGACUUCCAGCGCCUGAUCCCAGAUAAUGGCCCAGUGGCCCAGAACCCAGCCGGGGUGAAGCGCAUCAUCUUCUGCACAGGGAAGGUGUACUACGAACUCACCAAGGAACGCAACGCCCACGGCAUGGAGGACACCGUCGCCAUUGCUCGCAUGGAGCAGGUAGCUACACACACAAACACACACUCAACACGUGUGCAGGCGUACAUCUCAGGGCUCCCACACAGAGAGGUUUGCACUAGAAAAAUGCUCAGCCGAAAGGUGAAAGGAGUUUCACUUUUGCCUGACGUAACGUGUUUGACACAUUCUCUGUGUGUACGGCACCCUAAACUCACUGGUGCUCCCUUUGGCUAUCUGAGCUACCUUCCUCUUCUUCAUGACAUGACGUAGUCCUUGUCUCUCUGUUUGCAGCUGUCCCCCUUCCCAUUCGACCUGGUGAAGGCUGAGAGCGAGAAGUACCCCAAUGCCGACCUGGUGUGGUGCCAAGAGGAGCACAAGAACCAGGGCUACUACGACUACGUUAAACCCCGCAUGCGCACCACCAUCGAUCGCGCCAAGCCAGUCUGGUAAACAAAACCUUCAUCUGCUCUUGUCCUCUCUCCUUAGUGUGUCUGUGUUAAACUCUUAUUAAACUCUCUCCCAUUACAUUUGUGUUCAGGUAUGCUGGUCGCCCCCCUGCCGCGGCCCCAGCCACAGGAAACAAGAAGGCCCACCUGGUGGAGCUGAAGAAUUUCCUGGACACUGCCUUCGAUCUGGACGCCUUCAAGGACCAGAUGUAACUCCUCUCUCCUCCCGCUUCCUCUGUCCCAGGAUAAGGGGUAGCCUUCACCCUCCACUGCAACCCAGAGGCCCCUCCUCCUCCGUCCUAUACGCACAUAUGCCCACAUACCCCCUGGACUUGGCGCUCAGAGCAAGCCUACUCUCCUGGUGGGGGUCUCUGUCUCUAGCUCACAACGGCAACAGUCCUGUUCAUUUAAGUCACCGCUAUCUUCCCUGACCCAGAUCCUCCCUCCUCCACUCCCCCUGGUCCUGUCUGAGCAUGCCCCCUCCCUCUCCCACCUCCAUCAGACACAUGCCUCAAGACCACACAUUCAGCAGUAGACAACCAACCAACCAGCCAGCCAGUCAAGGGUCAGGAAAGAUAACCUUUGUACAGUCAGUGAUAAGUGAUCCUUAGCUUGGGUUUAUUUUCUACUUCCUGUUUUUCUCUGGUUAACACUCCACUCACCAACACUAUAACCUUCUUGUGUUGGGUUUUGCUUCUUAAGCCCUGUGUGUGUGUAACCAAAGUACAUUGUUUAUAAAGCUUUAUAUAUUUUUCUGAGAGCCGUACUGGUGAUUUUGUUUCAUUCUGUUGCUGUCACAAUGAUGUCAUCCUUUUGUAAAAGCAGGGCUCCUUACAUAGCCAAAGGACGGGGCAACUGUUGCAACCAGUUUGAGAUGUUUACCGCUAGUAUUUGGCAAAACACACAACGGUUAGUUCGAUGUCCAUGAUUAGACCACAGAAUUUCGAGGAGAACCAGGUGUUCCCCCCCCCUCCUGUUCUCUGCUCUGAGCGCACUGCAGCGAUGAACUUUUCUUGGUCUCUCCCCCUCUCUCUCUGUUCUCCAGGGCUAUCUAUCCCCUUGGUGAGUGCUACUGACAUAACCACCAUCUGCAACAGCUUUACAUUUUUGUUUGUUUAUUGGUUGUAUGUGUUUUAGUUGUUUUUUUUGCCGUUCAAAUCAACUUUCUCAUUCUUGUAAUGGCUAUUAGAAUAAGGUAUUGAAUAAGGGAAAGGGGAUAUAUUUUGGGAUUCACUGUCACACUAUUGUGACAUUUAACAUGACAAAUGCUCUUCUUUUCUCCAUCUUGUACCGUUUCUCGCGAAAGAGGCUAAGACUUAGAUGAGGGAAAUUGGAGUGAUGAUGAACCAGUGAGAUGAGUUGGUACCAUGAGUUGGUACCAUGUUUGCAUUU